CGCGUUCUUUCCAGAAGCUUCUGUGGCGGUUGGGGUUGGGAGCUGUCCAGUGAGGAGCAGAGCCGGUGUCGGGGCAGAUCGGUUUGGCUGUGUGGAGCCUUCGCGUUACAAACAGCAACAUGUCUAAGGGACCAGCAGUUGGAAUUGAUCUUGGGACAACCUACUCGUGUGUAGGUGUCUUCCAACAUGGCAAAGUUGAAAUUAUUGCCAAUGAUCAAGGCAACCGCACCACUCCGAGUUAUGUUGCCUUCACUGAUACAGAGAGAUUGAUCGGUGAUGCAGCCAAGAAUCAGGUGGCUAUGAACCCAACCAACACUGUAUUUGAUGCCAAGCGCCUAAUUGGGCGUAGAUUUGAGGAUUCUGUUGUCCAAGCUGACAUGAAGCACUGGCCUUUCAACGUAAUAAACGAUGGUAGUCGUCCUAAAGUUCAGGUUGAAUACAAAGGUGAAAGCAAGUCUUUUUACCCGGAGGAAAUUUCUUCAAUGGUGCUCACAAAAAUGAAAGAAAUUGCAGAAGCGUACCUUGGAAAGACUGUUACAAAUGUUGUUAUUACAGUUCCUGCGUAUUUUAACGACUCUCAACGCCAGGCAACAAAAGAUGCUGGAACAAUUUCUGGGCUUAAUGUCCUCCGUAUUAUAAAUGAGCCAACGGCUGCUGCCAUAGCUUAUGGCUUGGAUAAAAAGGUUGGUGCUGAAAGGAAUGUCCUGAUCUUUGACCUGGGUGGUGGUACUUUUGAUGUCUCCAUCUUAACCAUCGAAGAUGGAAUCUUUGAAGUCAAAUCUACAGCUGGUGACACCCACCUUGGUGGCGAAGACUUUGACAAUCGUAUGGUCAACCAUUUUAUUACUGAAUUCAAACGAAAAUACAAGAAAGACAUUAGUGACAACAAGAGAGCUGUUCGCCGUCUCCGCACUGCCUGUGAACGUGCAAAGCGUACGUUGUCAUCCAGUACACAGGCUAGCAUUGAAAUUGACUCCCUGUAUGAGGGUGUUGAUUUUUAUACCUCAAUCACCAGAGCACGAUUUGAAGAGCUCAAUGCUGACCUCUUCCGUGGCACUCUUGACCCUGUAGAGAAAUCCUUGCGAGAUGCCAAACUUGACAAGGCUCAAAUCCAUGAUAUUGUGCUGGUUGGUGGAUCCACCCGCAUUCCCAAAAUCCAGAAGUUGUUGCAAGAUUUCUUCAAUGGCAAGGAAUUGAACAAGAGCAUCAAUCCUGACGAGGCUGUUGCAUAUGGUGCAGCUGUGCAGGCUGCCAUCUUGGCUGGUGACAAGUCAGAAAAUGUACAGGAUCUACUAUUAUUAGAUGUCACUCCUCUCUCUUUGGGCAUUGAGACAGCUGGUGGUGUGAUGACUGUCUUGAUCAAACGAAAUACCACCAUUCCAACAAAGCAAACACAGACAUUCACCACCUACUCUGACAACCAGCCAGGGGUGCUCAUUCAGGUGUUUGAGGGUGAGAGAGCGAUGACAAAAGAUAACAACUUGCUGGGCAAGUUUGAGCUGACUGGAAUUCCACCUGCUCCAAGGGGUGUGCCUCAGAUUGAGGUGACUUUUGACAUUGAUGCCAAUGGUAUCUUGAAUGUGUCUGCAGUGGACAAGAGCACCGGAAAAGAAAACAAGAUCACCAUCACAAAUGACAAAGGUCGUUUAAGCAAAGAAGAUAUUGAACGUAUGGUCCAAGAGGCUGAGAGAUACAAAGCAGAAGAUGAACAGCAGCGUGAUAAAGUGUCUUCAAAGAACUCUCUUGAGUCCUUUGCGUUCAACAUGAAAGCUACCAUUGAAGAUGAGAAGCUAAAGGGCAAAAUAAGUGACGAUGACAAGCAGAAGGUUCUGGACAAAUGUAAUGAAGUUAUCAACUGGCUGGACAAGAACCAGACUGCAGAAAAAGAUGAAUAUGAACAUCAACUAAAAGAAAUUGAGAAGGUCUGCAAUCCAGUCAUGGCCAAAUUGUAUCAGAGUGCUGGUGGUAUGCCAGAAGGCUUUCCUGGAGCUGGUGCUGCUCCUGGAGGAACAUCUGGACCAACUAUUGAAGAAGUUGACUAAAAUACAUGCUUCAUUAAUUUGUUUGUUAGUGUAUUGUAAUGUAAACAUUUCAUUAUUGUUUCUAAAUGUGUAAGUUUAACGAGACUUUAAAAACAUCUGGAUCAAUAAAUACUUUGUGAACGUGAUUGUCUUGUAGAAUGCGAAAAUCGCUUAAAAUGUUUAAACAAUCUCUUGUUCAGUUCCAAUGGAAGCUUUCUUCUCUGAACACUCCUGGUUUUUAAUUCUCUAAUUUGAAUGUCCACAUAUUCUAUUGGCACUUGUUUCACUUCACAUCCACCUAAAUUAGAACUGCAUUAAAACUCAGUAAAAAGGUAGCAACUAAAAUAUUAACUUCUCUGCACAGGGGUUAUUUGAUUUGA